AUGGCGGACGAAGAUAAUACCUGUGACGAUGGCGGUGAAUUGAAGGCGGGGCAGGCUUUCCGCUUACGAGGCCGAAAAGGUGCCCUGAAGAAGAAGAAUGUUUACUUGGUGAAGGAUCACAAGUUUAUGCCAAGGUUCUUCAAGCAGCCGACGUUCUGUUCCCACUGCAAGGAUUUCAUAUGUUUCUUUACUGUGAUUGAAAACCUCAUAGACGAAUAUGCAACAAUGAACCGAGCGUGUCUUAGACCCCAAAAUGAGAUAUGUCAAGCAGAGACGCUUGAUCGCUUGUCCAUAAAUCAAAAUUAUUAG